AUGGUUAUGAAGAUCAUCUUUUAUUUUUUAUUGCUCCAUUUGGUAUCCGGGAGAUCUUUUCUAUCACCAAGAGCUAGCAGCCAUGGAGCUCAAGGAGUCAAGAUCCCUCCAUAUAUGAUGAACCUUUAUCAUGCUCUCAUGGGAAACAAAGAUAUUAAAAGACCAGAGAUUCACGUUCUGGAGGAAUCAGAUACCGUCCAGAGCCUUACUGCAAAAGAUUUCACAAUGGAAGACGAUCGUUGGUCAUUGACUUUUGAUUUCUCUCCGAUCUCAAGAAAUGAUGAACUACGAAUGGUUGAACUCCGAGUUCAGCUUCCACCAUUUAUAAAAUCCAGCCAAAUUACAGUAGACAUCUACCACAUCAACAAUGGUCAACACAAACUCUUCCUGGGGUCAGUGAUGACAAAUAUAACUGAUAUUGGAGAUGCUUCUUGGACAACUUUCAAUGUCACCAAGAUGAUGGAAAAUAGUCUCCUGUGGGGAGCGAGACUGACUAACGAUGGAGAUGGAGACGGAGACAUGUCUGACAAAAAUGUAUUUCAGAACUUAAGAAAGAUCAAGAAGCGUGAUGUUUCCCUAUCUGAAAUCCCCACAGAUCAAGCCAUCAUUGUGUUUUUUACUAAGCAUAAGCCAUUAUCCAAACCUGAAACUCCAAGCCUCCUAAAAAAAUUGGCAGUGGACACUAUGAAGAUGGGUGCAUUUCAUAGACACAAGAGAACCAAAAGUGAAAACCAGCUAGAAAAUCCAAGGAGUCCCAUUGUAGUGGAACAGCACAAACCUAUAUGUAAAAAAAUGGAUAUGCUGGUGGACUUCAAAGAAAUUGGUUGGGACAAAUGGGUAAUCUACCCCAAAAAAUAUAAUGCUUACCGAUGUGAGGGAACCUGCCAUUCACCACUAAAAGAGGCCUCAAAGACAACAAACUAUGACUACAUAAAGAGUUUUAUCAAGCUGAAGGAAUCAGAGAAGAUAGAAUGUUCAUUGUGUGUUCCCCUCAAGAUGCGGCCAUUGUCCAUGAUGUUCCAUGAGAAUAGACACCUUGUUGUCAGACACCAUGAUGACAUGAUCAUUGAAGAGUGCGGAUUUCAAUGA